AUGAAGAGUAGAACACUUGCAAUUUGUUUAGUUUUGUGUUUUCACGUCUGCGAGAACAAAAAGUCUUUGGAACACUUUAUUCGAAAGAAAGUUAUUGAUAAAUCAAGAAUCACCAUAUUAAAUACUGCCAAUGAAGAAAUAAAUUACACUUGGAUUGAAUAUCACUAUUCUUUUGAUGAUACAAAACUGUACCUAACGCACGAUCUUCCUAACGAAACAAACAUCGCUGUUAACGUUUAUUUUAAACCGACAGAAUGUGAAAACGCACGCGGAAAAGCUUAUUCCAGUUAUAUUCAAAAUUUACUGGAUGUUUUAACUGAAAACGAUGAAUUAUUUUUUGGUUACCUGAAUCAAACUGAAGAAACUGCUGAUUUAUACGCAUGUACGCAUGCAUCUACGACCGGAAGUCAUGGAUUCAAUGGCUUUCAUCCACUCCACGCCAUUUUAUCAUCCAGAUAUGCGCUAAUUUAUAGUUUUCAAAACAAGGCGAAAGAUAUUUUCGUGUUAACAUUUGUCGGGACAUUAUGGUUGGUUUUCCUUGUCGUUUUAUUGCUUCUAGCAGUGUGUUUGCGGAUUUCUACGCAUUAUUAUUCGCGAAUUUACAAUGGUAGACGUUGGUCCUGGGUGGAAAUUACUCUUUGGGCUAUUGCUGCAGCCUGCCAACAAGGUUUAAGUUACACUCCAUCGCGUGUAACAAGCAGAAUAUUCUUCCUGCUAGGUUAUAUUACCUCAUAUUUGCUCUACACGGCUUUCACAGCCGCCAUAACCUCAGUUCUAAUCCAACAAGAGAGCGUUGAUGUCGCAGUGGAUCAAUUCAACAUCAUCGGUUAUGGCGUCACCGGAAAUCAGUUUGGACCUUAUAAAAUUGCAAGUCACACCAAUAAUUUAACAAAACUGUUUGAGCAAAUCGAUACGGCAGCAAAUAUUGGUUUAGGACCGCAAAUACUCUUUGAUGAAUACAUUUCUGCGCCAGAUCAUAACGAUUACAAUGUGAUUACAUUAGAGAGUAAUAUUAGAGAGUAUAAAGAAAGUUUCCUGUUACGAAAAGGACUCGCAAAUCAACAGAAAACAAUCAAUCAAAUGUUAAUGAAAAUGUUUGAAACAGGGAUACUUAAACGAAUUAAACAGAAAUCGUUAAAAAUCUCUACAAAAGGCGAUACAAGCGAAGGUUAUUCAAGCGCAUCGCUGGAACACGUUAAAUCGGCAAUUCUACUUUUUCUUACAGGUCUGGGACUAGCAGUAAUUUUCCUUAUCAUGGAAUUAGGCGUGUACGGGUAUCGACAUCGGUAA